GUCCGCAACCGUCGAUAAAUACGGACGCUCAAUGAGGACUAUAGCAAUACAAACCUGCAUGCUAGUCUUGUGAGUGCUUCCUUACAAUUCCUUUCUCAAAUUUUCAAUAAUAAGAGAGAAAAGAAGAUGAGUGGAGGGAGGAGAAAUGAUGAGAAGGAUAACAAGGAAGCUGAAGAAGGAGGAUGGGCUUCCACGUUUUUCAAAAUCGCUGGAGCAGCCGCCGCAACGGCAGUCGCAGUGGGUGGCAUAUACAGUGUCCUAAACCAACCACAAGCUGAAGUAGCACCAUAUGGAAUGCGUCAACCUGAUCAUGAUGUUGUGAUACUGAAAGUGGACGGUUCCCUUCUGCCAGGAAAAGCAGGCUGUGGUGGAUACCUAAGCAGUGCAGCACAGAAAUGGAUAUGCGGUUUCUCUCAGAAGUUGGAUCCAAGUUUAAGAGAAGAUGAAACUGAGAGACAGGCCAUUCUAAAUGGUUUGAAAUGGGUUAGGGGAAAGGGAAAGAAGAAAGUUGAGGUGAAAUCGGAUAAUUAUGGGGUUGUGGAUUUGGUGAAUUCUGUACGUAGAUCUAAUGAUCCUGUUAUAGGUGGAAUAAGGGAACUUCUUGGUAGUAAUGAUUGGGAAGCCAAGUUGAGUUGGAUCCCUGGUGAUGAAAACAAAUUUGCUGACAGACUUGCUCAUAUAGCUCAUGGAUUACCUUCUUUUGAACUGUGUGAGAUUGAUUCUGCCCCUCGAAACUGUGCCGACCUGCUCUAGCUACUUUCAGUGUUAGUUAUUCUGAUGAUGUUUUUACUAUGUGUUUGGUUAUGGUUAUGGUUAUGGUAAUGGUUAUGGUAAUGGUUAUUAGUUAGUUAUGUUCAAUUCAGUUUUCUAUUUAUGUUUGUAUUGCUCAAGUCUUACUUUCCCUUUAAAGAGGUUGAAAGCAUGUAAUCACUAUGUUAUAUUAUAUGUCUGUUAUGUGUUUUGUAUUGUAAUGAAAUCU